UUCCCUAAGUUCAUUCUUAGUGACCAGCAAAUCAUCCCUCCGUGUCUCUAAUACUUCUAUUCCCUCUCUCCACGCCUACACUCAAGUACGUCUUUCCCAAAUCUAAAAUCUCCGUCCUUACCGAGCCUAACCCAUCUAGAAUGCAACUCAAAUCCCUCCUCGUUCUCGCCGCCUCUUUCUCCCUGGCCACGGCCGACUACUACGUCGGCAACUGCGGCCAGGGCCCCGACUCGACCAAGGAAGCCCCUACUAAGAGUGCCUGCAGCGCUGUCGAGGGCACCCUUUGCACCGGCACCGGCAUCACGCGCUGCGUCGUCGACACUGGCAGGUGGAGUGACUUCACUUCGGCCUGCAAGAAGGAGGGCUUCGACAAGACCUACCAGCGACCUGGGUCGGUGGGCGAUCUGUCCACGGCGAAGAGCCUUGCCGCUUGCCCUCGGGUUUAGAGAUGGUGUUCAGGCGUGUGAACUGGACUGAACUGGACUGGACU